AUGAGGCGCCUUGUGGAGCUGUUGACUGUGAUCUCAUGGACUCUCACCGUCGCGGAAGCGGCAAUUGUGCCUCCUCCGUGGGCAGACCCGGUCCGAAAUCCCUGUGCCGCUCGUCCUGGCGGUUGGCAGUUGCUCUUCUGGCCUCCGCUGCAGCAGUGCUUCCGCAUCUUCCAGCUGGGCUUCCCCUGUCCGGACACCAUGGAACUCAGCCCGUCAUCCUCCGGCCUGGGCGCUGAAUGUCGCUGCCCGCCAGGCACUGCCCAGAGUCCCCUGACGGCGCGAUGCCAUCGCCUGUUCACCCGCGAGCCGUGCGAUGUUGGCCAAUACUUCGCUCCCCGGCCAGAUCCUCCGGGGAAGACGGGAAAGGGACGCUGGGGCGUGUGUCGAACGCCCGCGGAGUGUGGCAAGGGAGAGAUCUUCUGGCCGAGCGACGGCAAGUGCUACGGAAGACUCACGCGAGGUCCUUGCCCGAAGGGAAGACUGCUGACUGAGGGAAGUGAUAGUCUGGGAGAGUGUCGCUGUGAGGAUUCCGGCCACUUGGCGCCCUUCUUCCACCUCGCCGACGAGCAGUGCUAUGAACACUACACCCGAGGACCCUGUCCCGAAGGAGAUCUCUUCCUGCCCAGCGGCGAAUGCGGCUGUCGCCGAGAUUUGCCGCAAUUCCACAUCGAGACUGGUCAGUGCUUCGAGUUGGGCUCUGCCGGGCCUUGUCCAGGUGGGCAUGUGUUCCAGGUGGAGGAGGACGGCGCUGGAGGUCAGUGUCGCUGCCGCGAGGGUUACAUUCUCUGGCCAGAAGACGGUCUCUGCUACAGAGCCUUCACGAGGGGACCUUGUGAGGCUGGCCAGUUCCUCCUGGCCUCCAAUGGCAGCUGCAUGGCGAAUCCCUGCACCAAGGGAGAGCUCUUCUUCCCCACCGACGCCUCCUGCCAUCGCAUAGGCACCCAGGGACCGUGUCAUCUGCACUCUGUCGUAGUCUUUGACUUCACAUCGCGUCCCUCCGUGGACGGCGUGUCGUACAACGGCGUCUGCGGCUGUUCCGGCGUCGUCACAACACUCGCGCAGACCUGCAAUGAGCGUGAGCCGCAGGCCAGCGCGUGCAGAGGCUCUCCAGGGAUGGCGGAGAUCGCCGGCCAGUGCCACAAGCUGUACUCCAGAGGUCCCUGCGGUCCUGGCGAGUGGCUGGAACCCUCCAAGACCGCCGGCGGACGCGCCUCGUGCCAGUGCAAGCCAGAGUAUCAGCGCUUCGAGGAGGCCAACGGCGUGCGCGGCUGCCAUGCGCCCAGCGUGGGAAUUGCCAGAUAUCUCAAUCGCCGGAUUCAGGACAGAGCGCAGAAGAUCGCCUUCAGACACAAGUUCAUCCGCCACAGGUGAGUUACCGCCGAAUUGUGAUGACUGCAAAAGUAUAUAUUUAAAACAGAGCAAAGAAGCCAAGGGUUAGCGAAUAA